AUGGGUUCGGGAAGCAGAAGCUAUUCUGCGAAUCCUAGCGAUUACAAGCUUCUAGAGGAAGUAGGUUAUGGUGCAAGCGCAACGGUUUAUCACGCAGUUUACAUCCCUUACAACGAAGAAGUAGCUGUGAAAUCCCUCGAUCUAGAUCGAUGCAACUCCAAUUUCGACGAUAUUCGAAAAGAAGCGCAGAUCAUGAGCUUAAUUGAUCACCGUAACGUUGUCAAAUCGUAUUGUUCGUUCGUUGUUGAUCAUAAGCUUUGGGUUAUUAUGCCUUUCAUGGCGCAGGGUUCUUGUUUGCAUCUAAUGAAAGCUGCUUAUCCUGAUGGACUUGAAGAAGAUGCUAUUGGAUCCAUUCUUAAGGAAACGCUUAAGGCGUUGGAUUAUCUUCAUCAGCAUGGCCACAUUCAUCGUGAUGUUAAGGCUGGUAAUAUUUUGCUUGAUACUAAUGGUGAAGUCAAACUUUCUGACUUCGGUGUUUCCGCUUCUAUGUUUGAUACUGGUGAUCGUCAGCGCUCCAGAAAUACUUUCGUCGGUACUCCUUGCUGGAUGGCGCCGGAGGUGCUGCAACCUGGUACUGGUUAUAAUUUCAAGGCUGAUAUUUGGUCUUUUGGAAUUACUGCACUUGAGUUGGCUCAUGGUCAUGCACCUUUCUCUAAGUAUCCUCCAAUGAAGGUUUUACUCAUGACCAUACAAAAUGCGCCUCCCGGUCUUGAUUACGAUCGUGAUAAAAAGUUCUCGAAGUCUUUUAAGGAAAUGGUUGCUAUGUGCCUGGUAAAAGAUCAAACAAAGAGGCCGUCUGUGGACAAGUUACUGAAACACUCCUUUUUCAAACAAGCCAAGCCUCCGGAGCUUUCUGUGAAGAAAUUAUUUGCUGAUUUACCGCCUCUUUGGACUCGUGUAAAAGCCCUCCAGCUUAAAGAUGCAGCUCAACUAGCACUGAAGAGAAUGCCUUCUGCAGAACAAGAAGCAAUAUCUCAGAGUGAAUAUAAGCGAGGAGUUAGUGCGUGGAACUUCGAUGUUGAAGAUUUGAAAGCUCAAGCUUCAUUGGUGCAGGAUGAAAAUGAUAUUGCAGAGAUGACGGAAGAAGAUGAAAACAAGUUCUUCAGCUCUAACAGGGAUGCAAGUGAUUCUCAAUCCAGCGUGGACAAGAGAAAUUCAGAUAACUCACAACACGACGAGUCCACAUUACAAGUGGGUGGUAAUGACGUACCACAGAGUGAUAAAAGAAAUGGAUUGAUUGCUGAGGCAACAACAUCUACUUCAGAAAAGGACGUGGGAACAAGCAAAAUUAAAACUCAGGCAGUGAAAGUUGGUAAAACCCAAAGUGGGCCGCUUGUGCCUGGCACAGUUCUUGGUCAUUAUUUACCCGAAAGAGGACGUCUAUUUGAAAGGUUUGAGAAUGAGAGUCAGUUAUCAGGUGAGAAAAGUAAUCGUGAUAUACGACGUGCUCCAAGCUUUAGUGGUCCAUUGAUGCUUCCUAAUCGUGCUUCAGCAAAUAGUUUAUCGGCCCCAAUAAAAUCCUCUGGAGGAUUCCGAGAUUCCUCAGAUGAUAAAUCUAAGGCUAAUCUUGUGCAAAUUAAAGGGCGGUUCUCUGUGACAUCAGAAAAUUUAGAUCUUGUGAAGGAUAUUCCUGUAAGUUCAGUUUCACGCCGAUCUCCACAGGAUUCUUCACCACUGAAGAAAUCUGCCAGUGUUGGUGAUUGGAUGGCGGAUUUCAAACAACAACUGCCAAUUGGAGUCGGACAGUCUUCCAAUGAUUCUGCCAAUGUGAAUGUUCCCGCAUCUGUUAUUGUGCCUCACCUUCACAAUCUUUACCAGCAGACGUCUAUUCAACAGGAUCUUAUAAUGAGUCUGUUGAAUAGCUUGCAAACUGCUGAGGCAAAUGAUGCGUCUCAGAAUGGAAAGUUGCCACCAAUACCUCGCAGUUCAGAGAAUAAUGGCAGUGUUGAGAUAGCAGCUUCAGAGAGAGAACAACUUCUUCUGGCCAAAAUUUCAGAACUUCAGUCUCGUGUGAGCAGUUUGACAGAUGAGCUUACUUCUGAGAAGUUAAAACACAUGCAGUUGCAACAACAGGUAGUUGCUUUCCAUAGCCAGGAGCAAAACGGAGAAAGAGAGGAAGGUGCAUGA